GUAACACAAUUUGGAGGUUAGAUUUUUAUUGCUCUUGUUUAAUUGUUGACAAACAAUUGAAAUUAAGAAAACGACGAUUGUGGAUAUUCAAGAAUUUAUAGCCGUAGAACUGUCUAUGAUUGCACAUGAGCCCAACGAGCCAGAAGCAGCAGAAACUACUGAAGAGAAGAUGAAAGCAAAGCCUGAUGACAAAAGCAAGCAGAAACCUAAGCAGGAUGAGCCGACGGAAAAGCCUAAUGGACAAACCGGACAAAAUAACAACGAGAGUGGAAACUGUUACUGCGGCAAAGAGAGGAACCUGAACAUCGUAGAGCUACUUUGCGCCAGUUGCUCGCGCUGGUUUCACGAGUCCUGUAUUGGCUAUCAAUUAGGCAAACUCGUACCAUUCAUGAUGAACUAUGUGUUCAUGUGCAAGAACUGUUCUCCAACUGGUUUGGAAAGCUUCAAGAAGAACCAGGCACCGUUUCCACAGAUGUGCGCGACAGCAAUCGCGAAUCUGCUACAGAUGUGCCAAAAGGAGGGCGAGCAAAGAGCCCUCUUCCACAAGGACAAAGACAUAAUACCGUUCAUCGAUUGUCAUUGGGAGAGCAUGACCACGAUGCCUCGCAGAGUCACCCAAUCCUGGCACGCUACGGUUCAUAGGGCGUUACUCAAAGAUGUCGGAACGCUGUUUACGGUGGAUGAAAGCGCGUCCGAGGGUCAGCUCUUCGGCCUGGCGAGCUUUGAACUCACGUCGAUUAAGCCAAACUACGAAGCGAUGAUUAAAAAUGGUCACCUUCGAGCUACGGAGAUGGGACUGCAACAUGUCGUGCCACUUAGUGGAGGUUUACGAGGUCGUAACGCCAAGCGGAAGUUCCCGGGCGAGGCUGCGGGCGCAGGCUCCGGAAAGAAAGGCAGAGGAUCCGACAUGACCACUCCUAAGUUACCUGCUCACGGCUAUCCGCUUGAGCAUCCCUUCAACAAAGACGGCUACAGAUAUAUCCUGGCAGAACCAGAUCCUCACGCGCCUUUCAGACAGGAAUUCGACGAGAGCAGUGACUGGGCUGGUAAACCUAUACCAGGAUGGCUUUACCGCGCUCUCAGUCCGAGUACGGUGCUGCUUGCAUUGCACGACCGCGCGCCACAGCUCAAAGUGGCCGAGGAUAGACUGGCAGUCACCGGGGAAAAAGGAUAUUGCAUGAUCAGAGCCACACACAGUGUAAGUAGGGGCACUUGGUAUUGGGAGGCUACAAUCGAGGAAAUGCCGGAGGGAUCCGCGACGAGACUCGGGUGGGGACAAGAGUACGCGAAUCUGCAGGCACCUCUCGGUUAUGACAAAUUUGGUUACUCAUGGAGAUCCAGGAAGGGUACGCGAUUCCACGAAAGUCGAGGCAAACAUUAUAGUAACAAUUACAGCGAGGGCGAUACCUUGGGCUUUCUCAUAGCCUUGCCGGAUACGCAUGACGCAUCGCACAUUCCGAAUACUUAUAAAGACAGACCCUUGGUGAAGUUCAAGAGUCAUCUGUAUUACGAAGAGAAAGACCAGGUACAGGAGGCCCUCAAGGCUCUGCGACCACUGGCUGGCAGCAAGAUCGUGUACUAUAAGAACGGCGUUAACCAAGGCGUUGCAUUUGUUGACAUCAACAAAGGUGCUUACUACCCUGGCAUCUCCAUUUAUAAGAGCGCAACAGUGUCGGUGAAUUUCGGGCCGAAUUUUAAAUCCCCGCCAACCGAUGUUACAUUCAGAGGUAUGCAUGAGAAAGCGGAGGAGGCAAUAGCCGAGCAAUCAAUGGCAGACAUGCUUUACCUCACCGAGAACGAAGGGAAACUAAGAUUGGACACGUUCGUGUUGUGACAUUAGUGUAUCUUUUUAUUUUCCUCAUUUUUCCUCGUUUUCUGCAUUAUGCCGUUACAAUUGCAGGAUUUGGCACAACGUAUGAUCUGAAUCAAAGGAAAAGGUCAAAAUCUUGGGAGUUUUUAUCAGCAUUUAUUUGCAACUUUAUCACAAACAUUUCAAUAUUUUCCAUGUAAUGAAUACUAAAUUCAAAAAAAAUGCAAUGAGGCGAAUGUUGAAUCUCAUUAAUGACUUGAUCUUUUUUUGUAGCAACAAAUUACGUCUUAAAUACAACUGAUCAUCAUAUUGUUCAGCACAAAAGUCUGCAAUUAACGAAUUCAGUGCAACUGCAAUUUCUGAGGUAAUACUCGAGAAAAUAAAUCGUGAAGUUCACGUAUAGUUAAUAAAAAAAAUUAAUAUUUAAAAUAUUUCAGUUAAAAGUUUUCAAAUAAUUAUUGAUAAUUUUAUUGAACUGAAUUCUCAAGUUUUUGAUGGAUGUUUGAUUUGUACUUUGAUUAUAAUUGUACAAAAUUAAAAUAUUUUUUAUU